AUGGCAUCCAAGACAAAGGAGAUGAAACAAGACACCACACGUGCUGGGAAAAAUAAGCAAGAAAUAACAACCAAGAAUGGAGAUACAUGCAGAGGAGUAAGUGACAUGGAAAUACUUGCCCAAGAGAGAAAAUCAUACUUGCAGAAGGAAUACAAGGUUGUUACUGAACAUAUGAACACAUACGUGGGAAGGAUGGAGUAUUUCCUGCAGGAAAAUAAAUUCCUAGAAAAGGAAGCCCAACAGAAUCAGGAGGAGGGCAACACUUACCUCUCUUACAUAAAAAAACACAGCCAGAAGUGCCAGGAUCUGAUAAUAACAUUAAAUGACCAGAAUCACGCUGAUCUGUCUGAAGCUGGGAUGCAGAAAGAAAAGCUCAUCUCACAGUACAUGGAAAAAGAAAAGGAUGUAAGGAGCAAUCUGACGUACAUGGAGUCAAAGUACUCUCUUCUGAGCAAGGAGGUUGAAGACCUGAAGCCUUUCAAUGACCCAUCUUAUCGGAAGGAACAGAUAGAAAAGAUUAAAGAGCUGGAGAAGGAACUGCUGGUCACAAAGAUACAGCAUUCAGAUGAAAUGCACAAAAUCAAGAGCAGAUUUCUGCAGGCUAAGGCUGACUGUAAGAUGAACUUUCAUCAGAAGAUCCAGGUUCUCACCAAGAGAGCAGAAGCAGCAGCAAUACAAUCUCUAAUUCAGCAUAUCAAACAAGUAAAAGCAGAGAAUUGGCAUCUGCGGCAGGAAUUGCUCAGACUCAUCCAAUACUCAAAAAUCCUUAAAGAAACCAAAGUUCAUCUGAGAGAGCAGCAAGAGCAGCUUCUUCGGGAGAACCAGUACAUUCAGGACAUGGCACACGCACGCCACCGUUUACACCAGCAGGAGGUGCACAAUACAGCUGGUGAAACCUACAGGUCUCACAGCCUGUUCAGAUGUACCCAUUAA